AUGGACUCUUCCAACUCAACUGAUGAUACCCCAUCUUUUUCUUUUAGAAGCUCAACUCAAACGGCUUUCUUGAGAAGCCAUUCCACGAAAGAGCUUCCUUUCUCAGAUUUCCCUCACUCGCCGCCUCGCCUUUCGUGUCCUACGCUUUCCCGGAGCCUCCAGGCGUCUCCUCUUUCCUCUCCUCUCCAUCCUCGCACCACAAACACAAAGCUUUCUGAUUCUGAAGAACCACAAACCACUUACCACUGUGCUUCCUCUGUUCUCAGAAAAGAUGGUCAGAUCCUGUCCAUUUCACUGUCAAAUAAUGGAUUGGUCUACACUGGUUCAGAUUCAAAUGUUAUAAGGGUCUGGAAGCUUCCAGAAUUCACAGAGUGUGGUCAGCUCAGAACCAAGGCUUGCAGAGUGGUGGCAAUAGAGGUGUCAAAUGAUACAGUAUUUGCAGCCUAUGGAGAUGGAAAGAUUAGGCUUUGGAGAAGAACAUGGGAUAGGGUUUUGAAGCAUGUUCGUUUGGGAACAAUCCCGAAGAAAGUUGGAUCCGUUCGGAGUUACAUCCUGGGCAGAGACAAGACAAUGAAGCAUAAGGGGCAAAUCACGUCAAUGGCGGUCAACACAGCGGAGGACAUUAUAUACACAGCUUCCAUUGAUAAAACAGUAAAAGUAUGGCGAAUCUCAGACUUGAAAUGCAUAGAGACCAUAAAAGCACACGUUGAGCCCAUCAACGCCGUCAUCGUAGGAGACGAUGGGGUUCUCUACACCGGCUCUGAUGACGCAACUGUCAGAGUUUGGCGUCGGAAUUUUUGCAGCCAUGACACGCCUCAUUCCCUCACAGUAACACUACAUGCAAAGUGCUCACCGGUAAAAGCCUUGGCUCUAACCUCCGACGGAGGUGUGCUGUAUGGUGGCUGCUCCGACGGCUACAUCCAUUUCUGGUUAAAGGGUUGGUUCGCUGGGCAACUCCAAUACGGCGGCUCAAUCCAAGGCCAUACACACGCAGUGCUGUGCUUAGCCUGUGUGGCGAACUAUGUAGUGAGCGGUUCAGCAGAUUCCACGAGCAGGAUAUGGGAAAGAGAACAAGAUGGUCAACACACGUGUUUAGCAGUCCUGGCUGGUCAUAGAGGACCAAUUAGGUGUAUAGCAGCUUUUGUAGGAGGAAGAUUUGGCGAAGAUAGUGAGGAUACUUGUAGUGUUUGUACUGGAAGCCUUGAUGGAGUGUUGAAGCAAUGGCGUGUGGCAAAAACCAACAAGUGGGAUAGCAAUCAAUGUUCACCACAAAAUGAGGGCGGCAAGUACUUUGAACUUUGAAAGAAGUUCAA